AUGGAAAGCGUUCCUCAGAUGAGAAACCCAGCGCGGCGGAGCUCUAGGCAGUCCACCAGAUAUCUUGGCGUACGCCGCCGGCCAUGGGGACGGUACGCAGCAGAAAUUCGAAAUCCACACACCAAAGAAAGGCAUUGGCUGGGCACAUUUGACACUGCUGAAGAAGCUGCAUUGGCAUAUGAUUUUUCAUCCAUCUCUUUUAGUGGUAUUGAAAAAGCUCGAACUAAUUUUUUUUAUCCAUUUUUGUUCGGACCCUUGUCUUCAUCGCCACCACCACCACCUCCUCCACCUCCGCCUCUGCCUUCGUCUCCACCACCGCCAACUCCAGAGCUGGAAAGUGAACAAAAUUUUAAAGAAAUGGGUUCCACGGAUGAUGAAGAUAAUGAGUCUCUUUUUAUUGCUUCCAUUUUGCAAAGCUUUCACCAAUCCAACGGCCUAGAAAAGUUGGUUCUAUGA